GGGUUUUCCUCCAAGGAGGAAAGGAAAGAUGUUCGCAGUGGAUGAGUUCAGUGAAGAUGAGGGCGACUCCGGGAUUAUUCUGGUGUCUGCCUGGAACCAGAGAGCGAGGCCGGCCUCCCCGUCCUCGGAGCUGCUGUACCCCGGUAACUCCCUGCUCGGGCUGCCCAUCGUGGCCAUCGAGAACAUCCUGAACUUCUUGAACUAUGAAGAGAUCAGCCAACUCCGGCUGGUUUGCAAGCGCAUGGAUCAGGUGUGUCAGCGCAUGCUCAACCAGGGCUUCCUGCGAGUGGAGAGAUACCAUACCUAUUGCCAGAAACAAGUCAAGUCGCAGCUGCCGAGACGGGAAUCGGAGAGGCGGAAUCACUCGUUGGCCCGACACGUGGACAUUCUGGCGGCAGUGGAGACCAGGCUGUCGCUGCUGAACAUGACGUUCAUGAAAUACGUCGACUCUAAACUGUGCUGCUUCAUCCCGGGAAAGGUCAUCGAUGAAAUGUUCAGAGUGCUCAGAUACAUCAACUCUACAAGAUCUCCCCAGCGGGCUCAUGAGGUCCUACAGGAAUUACGGGACAUCUCGUCGAUGGCCAUGGAAUACUUCGACGAGAAGAUUGUUCCGUUACUUAAAAAGAAGCUACCAGGUUCCGACGUGUCUGGACGUCUCAGCGGAUCUUCCCCAGGUCCUGGUCCUUCCACUGCGCUGAGUUCCAUGCAGCUUUUCUCCAAGCAGAACCCUUCGAGGCAGGAGGUGACCAAACUCCAGCAGCAGAUGAGGGGCCACACGGCCGGCAUGACCUCUCUGAGACGGGAGCUGACGGAGCUGCGUACAAAGGUCCAGGAGCAGCAGAAACAGCUUCAAGACCAGGACCAGAAACUUCUAGAACAGACCCAAAUCAUAGGCGAGCAGAACGUGCGCCUAACUGAGCUAGAGCACAAAUUACGCGAAGUCAUGGAAAGCGCUGUAGGCUCUUCCGGAGCAGGCCAGAGCGAUGACUCCCCGCGCAAGAGGAAGAAAGCGAUGGAGGUUGUGGACUGUCCAAGGAAGUCUAAGCGGCUUCGAAGCCGGAAGUGAUGUUAUUAGGAACUGGCUAGCAACUGGGGUGGGUUUUGGCAUGAUUUUUAGUCCAAGGCGCUGGUGGGAGAAGAGCAUACGACAGCUGGCUUCCUUCUGCUGUGUACGCGCUCCUGUCUGUCUCCUUGGUAUCCCCGGGUUUGAAGAACGCAGAGAGUUGGGUUACGUCGGCAGCACAUCUGUCUCUCUCUCUGUGCAUAAAGACUAUGAGCGCGAGAGCACUCUGCGAGAGACCGCCGGAUGUAGUAAAUGUGUGCGCGAUCUGGAGAAGCAUGCUAAUUCAAUCGUUACAUUCAGUAGGUCCGGGAGAAUAUGCUCUAAACCCAGAGUUUACGUCAUGCUAAACUUUGCAAGCCCUGGAGUUUUUUUUUUCUGAUUCCCCGAGAAGGGCUGAGCGGCCCUUCUGACGAAAAUAAGCCCUCGGUGAAUAGACCUCCAGGUCCAGCACCGUUGUAUGUAACGCAGUCAAAGCUAUGUACUAAACACGAAACUAGUGUGUGAUACCCAGCUUAUACCCAGUUUUCAUUCUGCUUAUAAAAUGCUUCAAGCAACAACCCCCCCCCCCCAAACACUACGCCCCCAAACGUGGGUAUCGCUGAUUUAAAUAGC